AUGACUGAGCAUUUUUCCUAUGUCCAACUUGCAGCACUCGUUCUCGCCGGAAUCUUCUUGAAAAGACUUUUAAGGAAGAAGUCGGAGCCUCUUCCUCCAGGCCCCAAGAAGCUUCCUUUGAUAGGAAACCUCCUUGACAUGCCUUCUUCCCAAGAGUGGUUCACGUUCGCGGAAUGGGCAAAAAAAUGGGGCGAUAUAGUGUCUGUCUCUGUUUUGGGACAACAAAUAAUAAUCGUGAACACCAUUGAUCAAGCAAUGCAAAUGCUCGAUAAGAAGAGUUCUAUCUACUCUGACAGACCCAUCAUUCAAAUGGGUGGCGAACUGGUUGGUUGGAGGAACACACUCGCGCUUCUGCCAUACGGCGACCGAUUCCGCAACUAUCGUAAGCUUUUUCACCAAGCAAUUGGCACCCACUCCGCUAUGUCGCGAUUUUACGUCGUGGAGGAACUCGAAACUCAGCUAUUCUUGAAGAGAAUCCUAUCGAAUCCCGAUGAUCUAGCUGCCCAUGUGCGAAAGACGGCUGGCGCCAUCAUUUUGCGCAUCUCGCAUGGUUACGAGGUCAAGGAGAAGGAGGAUCCGUUUGUCACGUUGGCUGAUUCGGCGACUGAACAAUUUUCUCUGAGCACCGCGCCUGGCGUGUUUUUGGUGAAUCUUGUCCCUGCACUACGGCAUAUACCCCAAUGGUUUCCUGGCGGUGGUUUCAAAAAGAUUGCAGCACAAUGGGCCCAGACACUCGUAGAUAUGGCUGAAGGACCUCACCAAUUCGUAAAGAAACAAAUGGAGGUCGGGAAGGCUGAAGACUCCUUCACGUUGAGGCUUCUUGAAUCUCCUGACUACACUCCCGCUCAGGAACACGAUAUCAAGUGGUCCGCUGCUUCGCUGUAUUCUGGAGGUGCUGAUACCACUGUAUCCGCGAUUUAUGCGAUAUUUUUAGCCGCUGUGCUGAACCCUGGAGCUGUGAGAAAAGCACAGGAGGAACUGGAUAGGGUUACUGGAAAUAAUCGCCUUCCUACUUUUGCUGACAGAGUGGACCUCCCUUACACAAACGCAUUCGCUCUUGAGGUUCUCCGGUGGCAUUCGGUUACCCCUACGGGUAAGAAAAUAGCUAAGCUUGGCUUUGUGAUCGUCCUUGGCCUGAUCGCAUAUACAGGUGUACCUCACCGCGUCUCUGAGGAUAACGUGCAUAAUAAUUAUUUCAUCCCAAAAGGUGCCCUGGUCAUCACCAAUAUUUGGUACUAG